CGCGGUUUCAAGGUUGCGUGGCGCAUGCGCAGUGGACGCGAGCAGAGUCCAGUCUGUUUAUGCCUACGGGGUAAAUGUCGGACGACAGGACGUGAUGAGCUAGCGACAGCGGACAAAAGCAUACCAAAGAGCUCCUGUAGAACAAGGAAACGACUCUUUACUGUCACCAGAAUGCAGAUCACCUUGAAAACUCUUCAGCAACACACUUUCAAAAUCGACAUUGACGGGGAGGAGACGGUAAAGGCACUAAAGGAAAGGAUUGAGAAUGAAAAAGGAAAAGAUAGUUUUCCAGCUGCUGGACAGAAAUUGAUAUACGCAGGCAAAAUUCUCAAUGAUGACACUGCACUCAAGGAGUAUAAGAUUGAUGACAAGAACUUUGUGGUUGUCAUGGUGACAAAGCCUAAAGCAACCCCAUCAACCAGCCAGCCUACCCCCCCUGCCACAGCAACAGCACCCAACAAUGCAGCCCCCACACUCACUACUGCCCCUUCUACCGCAUCUGAUCAAGUGAGCCAGGAGGACAAACCUACGCAGGAGAAACCCCCAAGUAGUACUCCUCCUGUUAGUUCAUCUGGUGGCUUAGCAAACAUUUUUGAAGAGGCUACUUCUGCCCUUGUGACUGGCCAGCAGUAUGAGAACAUGGUGUCAGAGAUCAUGCUGAUGGGCUAUGAGAGGGAGCAGGUGGUAGCUGCGUUGAGAGCCAGCUUCAACAACCCAGACAGAGCAGUGGAGUACCUGCUGACGGGUAUUCCAGCAGAGAGAGAGCGCCACACAGUGCAUGGCUCGGCUGUGACCCCUGCAAGUGGAGCUUCAACUGUGUCACCAGCCUCAAGCGGUACUCCAGUGCAACCUGCUGCUGCUACAGGGGCCAACCCACUCGAGUUCCUGCGUAAUCAACCUCAGUUCUUGCAGAUGAGACAGAUUAUCCAGCAGAAUCCAUCUCUGCUACCAGCCUUGCUACAGCAGAUUGGAAGGGAGAACCCACAACUUCUACAGCAAAUCAGCAGUCACCAAGAACAGUUUAUCCAGAUGCUGAAUGAACCAGCCCAAGGGGUGGGAGGACAGGGUGCAGGUGGGGCUGGAUCUGAGGCUGGGGGUGGAGCCAUGAACUACAUCCAAGUUACACCACAGGAAAAGGAAGCCAUUGAAAGGCUAAAAGCAUUGGGAUUCCCAGAGGGACUUGUUAUACAAGCAUACUUUGCUUGUGAGAAGAACGAGAACUUGGCUGCAAACUUCCUUUUGCAACAAAACUUUGACGACGAUUAAAGAAAGUUGCUUUUUUUAUAUAUAUUACUUGGGGAAACUAUGGUCAUUUGCUUAAAUUUUACAACAGUACAUUGCCUCAGUAACACUGGAUUAACUUCUCUAUGCAGGAUAUGGACUGUCCCUUAGUAAAGCUGCCUUGCUUCUACAAACACCGAGCAUUAUGUAACCUGUCUGCCAUUUAACUUGAACCAUCAGAUAUAUCUUCCUUAUGAAGAAACUCAUUGCUGAAUAAGUUUUGGGAUUUUUUAUUUUUUUUUUUUUUUUUUUUUUUUUUUUGAGAAAGUCAUUUGAGAAUGGGAACACUGUGCACAGUUAUGGUGUAUGAGACAUUUUCCUGUUUACAUUUUUUUUUUUCCUUUUUAUUACUGGUUCAACAAUAGGGAGCAAAAUGCUGAUGAAAACUAUUUUAAAGAACAUUAAAAAAUUUGAAACCAAA